AUGAUUCCUUUCGUAUUACCAGCGAUUGUGCUGGUGUUGACCAUCGCUUUCCUCUUCAAAGAGUUGUACCGUCCAGCUAACUAUCCUCCAGGACCGCGAUGGCUGCCAAUCGUUGGAAACACUCCGCUGAUACGCAAACUGGCUUCCCAAAAUGGGGGCCAGCUAAUCAGUGUGUUUGACAAACUCUCGGAAUCGUACCGUAGCUCGGUGAUUGGUUUAAAACUGGGCCGUGAACGAGUCGUUGUUGGUCUGGCGUAUGAGGAUGUUAAAGCAAUUUUAGCUAAUGAGGAGUUCCAGGGGCGUCCCGAUAACUUCUUCAUCCGACUGCGUACCAUGGGCACAAGACUUGGUAUUACAUGCACGGAUGGUGCGUUCUGGAGUGAGCAGCGUAGCUUCGUUACACGCCACCUGCGACAGGCCGGUUACGGGCGCCAAGCGAUGCAUCUACAGAUUCAAAGCGAACUCACCGAGCUGCUGGACAUACUGAGCAACCGCUCCGGAGAACCAAUCUGGCCCGGUUCACUGCUAGCCGUCAGUGUCAUCAACGUGCUGUGGACGUUCGUGACCGGUGCUCGCGUUCCCCGCGAAGACGAUCGUCUCGAGCGGUUGCUGCGGUUGCUGCAGGAUCGCUCCAAAGCGUUUGACAUGUCGGGUGGUGUGCUGAACCAGCUACCGUGGCUACGCUUUAUCGCACCGGAAUGGAGUGGCUACAAUCUGUUGGUUCGCUUCAAUAAGCAGUUGAACGAGUUCUUUACGCCAACCAUUGAGGAGCAUCAUCGGAACUUUAGCGAUGAGCAAGCGACCGACGAUCUCAUUUACGCGUACAUCAAGGAGAUGCGUGACCGGAAGAAUCGUGAUCCGGAAUCGCACACAAAUUUCACUGACCUCCAGAUGACGAUGAUCAUACUGGACAUCUUUAUCGCCGGUGGACAGACGACGAGCUCGACGCUGGAUCUCGCCUUCAUGAUGAUGAUCGUACGACCGGACGUUCAGCGGCUGGUGCACGCCGAGAUCGAUCACCAGCUGGCUCCGGAGCAGGCACCACAUUACGAGGAUCGUGUGAAGCUUCCCUACAUCGAAGCAUUCCUGCUGGAGGUCCAACGGUUCUUUAGUAUCGCUCCAGUGAAUGGACCACGGCGUGCACUCGUGGAUUGUACCCUCGGUGGCUAUCGAGUGCCGAAGGACACCACGGUUUUCAUGGGAUUGCGUAACGUGCACAUGGAUCCGGAACACUGGGGUGAUCCGGAAGUGUUCCGUCCGGAGCGAUUCCUUGAUGCCGACCAUCGUACCAUCGUCAACAGCGAGCGAGUGUUGGCAUUCGGGUUAGGCAAGCGGCGCUGUCUCGGUGAAACCUUGGCACGUUCCUGUCUGUUCACUUUCUUCGUUGGCGUGAUGAAGCGGUUCUGUCUGUGCCGACCGGGGGUUAAUGAUGACGAUGGCGAUGAUGGGAUGGCUCCCUCGAUGACACUGAAACCGGGUAUUACGCUUUCACCGAAACCAUAUCACGUUGUGUUCCAGCCUAGAGCACGGAAUGGACCUCAAGACGGCACAGUCGAAGGAGAUGUCUCUAGCAAAUAA